GUUCCAAAAUCCUGGUCAGGCCGUUUAUGGGGACGCACUCUCUGCACCCAAGAUUCAUCUGGUGAAUUCUCUUGCCUCACUGGAGAUUGCGGCUCUUCCACUAUGGCAUGCUCCGGUGGUGGUGGUGCUCCUCCUGUCACUCUGGCCAAAUUCACAUUAAACGGUGCAGGGGGGCUUGAUUUUUACGAGGUCAGUCUUGCGCAAGGUUAUAAUCUGCCAAUGAUGGUGGUCCCUCAGAGUGGGAACGGAGGGAACUGCUCGUCCACCGGAUGCGCCGCCGACUUGAACGAGGAUUGUCCAGUGGAACUCAAGAUUAUUGAUGGAAGUAAUGAAGGGGUGCCGGUGGUGGCGUGCAAGAGCGCUUGUGAUGCGUUCCGAGACGCCCAAAACUGCUGCAGGGGGGCGUACGCGUCGCCGGACACCUGCAAGCCCAGCAUUUACACGGAAUUCUUCAGGAACGCCUGCCCUCAAGCUUAUAGCUAUGCAUAUGACGAUGGCACCAGCACAUUCACCUGUAUCGGCGCAGAUUACGUCAUUACUUUCUGUCCUGGUCUUCCAACCAGAUUAAAUUGGGUAGCAAAAGCAGCGACGCCUGUUCCGAAAGAUGCAGCUGCUAAAACAAAGCCCUGCAGUACUGCACUUACAACUGCUUCUAGUAACGUUGUUCAUGUCCUUACUCGUAACCCCAGGAGGCUGCAGGGUGGUAAACUACCAGAAGUUAAUUUCUAUGCUCCACCGUCAACCUCAGAUGAGGAGAGCGAGAAUUUGAGCAAGUUACCGCCGACCCCUCCUGCGCCAAUUGGCAACACACCCCCUCAUCAACAUUAAGGUCUAGUGCAACUGUUUGAAUGAAUGAUGUUUGUGUUG